AUGCCAUCCUUAAACAACACUGCAGUGAUGGACUUCAUUCUUGUGGGACUCACAGACAGCCCAGUGCUGGGAAGAAUCCUCUUUGUGGUGUUUCUGGUCAUUUAUCUUAUAACGCUGACAGGAAACCUGUGUAUGAUUGUGCUGAUCAGGACCAAUUCCCACCUGCAAACACCUAUGUACUUCUUCCUUGGACACCUCUCCUUUGUAGACAUUUGCUACUCUUCCAAUGUUACUCCAAACAUGCUUCAUGGUUUCAUCUCAGACCAGAAGACCAUUUCCUAUGCUGGAUGCUUCACACAGUGUCUCCUCUUCAUUGCUCUGGUGAUCACUGAGUUUUUUCUCCUUGCUUCAAUGGCCCUCGACCGCUAUGUGGCUAUUUGCAGCCCUUUGCAUUACAGUACCAGGAUGUCCAAGAAUGUUUGUGUCUCUCUAGUCGCAUUCUCAUAUGUGUUUGGUUUCCUGAAUGGGCUGUCUCAGACUCUGCUCACUUUCCACCUGUCUUUCUGUGGCUCCCAUGAAAUCAAUCACUUUUACUGUGCAGAUCCCCCUCUGAUCAUGCUGGCCUGCUCUGACACUCAUGUCAAAAAGAUGGCCAUGUUUGUUGUUGCUGGAUUCACUCUCAUAAGUUCUCUCUCUAUCAUUCUUUUCUCCUACCUGUACAUUUUUGCAGCCAUCAUGAGGAUCCGUUCUGCAGAAGGCAGGCAAAAAGCCUUUUCUACAUGUGGUUCUCACCUGACAACAGUCACCAUAUUCUAUGGAACCCUUUUCUGCAUGUAUUUAAAGCCUCCAUCAGAAAGGUCAAUAGAGGAGUCCAAAGUAAUUGCAGUUUUUUACACUUUUCUGAGUCCAUUCCUGAACCCUUUGAUCUAUAGCCUAAGGAAUAAGGAUGUUAUCAGUGCUAUGAAACAGGUGAUCAAGGGAAAUUUCUGUCAGAAAAUUUUGGUUUAG